AACGUUACUAAAAAGUAUCAACCAUUGCGGCCAGUGCGGAAUUAAUGACAGACAGUGUCACAUUUUCGCGCCAAAUGGAAAGUAACCUAAUGUGAGAACGCCGUCAUUGUUUAGUGUUUACAAAAUAAUUAAAUAACUUCGUUUAGUUAAGUGAAAAGAGGAAAACAAAUAAAAUGUCGACUCCAUCUAAGCGGCCGUCUUCACAGGCAUCAUCCGAUGCCUCAACGCCAUCGCGAAGAACGAGAUCAUCGCAACAACUUGUUGUACCUGAAACCCCACAGCGUUCUACCGGCACCCCGUCGAAAAAUGGCACUCCUGGCACUCCACGGGGAACUCCUCAGACGCCUGGUACUCCUAGAAGGUCACCGCGCACCCCUGGCGGCCAAGCACCGGGCACAUCACCAGCUCGUGCCAUGGCAUCCAGUCCACUGGGCACUGACAUAGAUAUGAGUUCUCCACUUAACUAUGGCACACCAAGUUCUUUGAGCACCCCUCGAUCUAAUUUGCGAGGGGCUAUGACUCCCGCCAGGCAAAGAGCUGAUCUAAAGAGUGGCCAGCAUGGUAGAAGUGUACCAGCUCCUACACCUACCAGAAGGGUCGAUGACACAGGAGCAGAAGCCCCAUCGAGUGAGCCUCAACUGGUAGUAUGGGGUACGGACGUAGCCAUCGCGGAGUGCAGAGACAAGUUCAUCAAAUUCAUACAAAGAUUCGUCGAGCCCACCGCUGUCACCAACGAGCCGCUUUACGAACAAAAGCUGGAAGAGAUAAAUACAUUAGAGGAGCCAUUCUUAGAUGUCGACUGUGAACAUAUUAAGGCGUUUGAUGCUAAACUACAUCGGCAACUUGUGUGCUACCCACAAGAGGUGGUGCCAGCGUUUGACGCGGCGGUGAACGAGUUGUUCUUCGAGCGCUACCCGGCCGCAGUACUGGAACAUCAGAUACAGGUUCGGCCCUACAACGCGCCCCAGCGACACAUGAGGGACUUGAACCCUGAAGAUAUCGACCAGCUAGUGACACUGUCAGGCAUGGUGAUCCGUACGUCGAGUAUAGUACCGGAGAUGCGCGAGGCGUACUUCCGUUGCGCUGUUUGCGGUGCCGCCGCCACCGCGGAGCUGGAGCGAGGACGAGUGCCUGAGCCCGCCCACUGUAGCCACUGCAACACGGCGCACUCCUACACACUCAUACAUAACAGAUCACACUUCAGUGAUAAACAACUUGUUAAGCUGCAAGAGUCACCCGACGACAUGCCAGCGGGUCGUACACCAGCUACAGUGAGCGUGUUAGCCCACGGCGCGCUAGUGGAAGCAGUAGCGGCGGGCGAGCGUGUCAGCGUGACCGGCGUGUUCCGCGCCGCGCCGGCCACCGUGCACCCGCGCAAGGCCACGCUGAAGGCCCUGCAUCGCACGCAUAUCGAUGCGCUGCACUACCGCAAGGUGCACAACGACAGGCUGCUCGAGACUGAGGACGGAAAAGAGCACCAUUUCCCACCAGAACGUAUAGAAAUGUUCAAGGCGUUGGCAGCUCAGCCGGAUUGCUACGAGCGAUUGGCGCGGGCCAUCGCUCCCUCCAUCUACGAGAACUUGGACAUUAAGAAGGGAUGCUUGUUGCAGUUGUUGGGAGGCACCAAGAAGAACUUUAAUGCCGCUGGACGGUCACAUUUCAGAUCAGAAAUAAACAUUCUGCUCUGCGGGGACCCGGGUACGAGCAAGUCGCAACUGCUGCGCUGGGUGCACGGGCUGGUCCCCCGCGCGCAAUACACGUCGGGCCGGGGCUCUUCUGCCGUCGGUCUCACGGCUUACGUCACCAAGGAUCCUGAUACACGACAGCUUGUACUGCAGACUGGCGCACUUGUAUUAGCAGACAACGGUAUUUGCUGUAUCGAUGAAUUCGACAAGAUGAAUGAUUCUACACGCAGCGUGUUGCACGAAGUAAUGGAACAACAAACACUAUCGAUCGCGAAGGCGGGUAUCAUCUGUCAGUUGAACGCGCGCACGUCGAUUCUGGCCGCUGCCAACCCUGCAGAGUCCCAGUGGAACAAAAACAAGACGAUUGUGGAGAAUGUACAGCUACCACAUACAUUGAUGUCCAGGUUUGACCUGAUAUUCCUGAUACUGGACCCACAAGACGAGGUAUUCGACCGACGCCUUGCUUCACAUCUCGUUUCCCUGUACUACAAGGACUUCACCAACACACAGGAAGGGGACGAUAUUAUUGAAAUGUCGUUGAUGCGCGAUUACAUAGCGUUCGCGAAGGAACACGUGCAGCCGACACUCAGCGAGACAGCGCAACAGAGGCUAAUCGACGCCUACGUUGACAUGAGACGUGUGGGCAGUGGCCGUGGCCAAAUCUCAGCGUACCCGCGGCAGUUGGAGUCUCUCAUCCGACUUGCUGAAGCACACGCCAGGCUGCGAUUGUCUCCCGUCGUCGAAAUAUUGGAUGUUGAUGAAGCCACAAGAUUGCAUCGUGAAGCCCUAAAGCAGUCGGCGACGGACCCCGCGUCUGGUCGAAUCGACGUGGGUAUCCUCACGACGGGGCUGGGCGCGGCGGCCCGCAGACGUCGCGCGGAGCUGGUGACCGCGCUCAAACAGCUCAUACAACCUUACUCCAAGCCUCACACCAUUACACACUCCAAGUUACUACAGGAAAUCAAUGCUAAUUCACAAGUUACUGUAUCGCGAGAGCAGUUAGACGAAGCCCUUCGUGAUCUACAAGAUGAAGGAAAAGUGACGAUCGUUAGCCACACCCACCUGCGACUGUGUUGAUCUGAAAUAUCAUGUUUGUGUUGAUUUAUUUUGUUUAUUACGUUCCAUUUUGUAAUCUGUUUAAAUAUAAGCCAUA